AUGUCCAACCCAGGCGACCCUGGCUGGAAAUGGUUCCCCAACGACAAGCCCUCAUGGCGCCUCGACGUCGUCACGCUUCUCGCCGUCAUGGGAGAGUCUGCCAUCGCCGAGCACUCGCAGACAAUCACCGCCUCGCUGCUCUGCAUGCUGCCCCGUCUGCUGCCCGCGCCCCAGGCCCUGUUGAAGCCGUCGCGGCCGGCUCGACUGCCCGAGACGCACGCCAAGAUGGUGGGCGUCUACAACGGCACUCUCCUGGACUCUGUGGGAUUCUUCGCCAACAUCAUCACGCCGCUGGAUGCCCUGCCGCCGUACAGCUUCCUGGUGCUGGACAUUCAGCACGCGCCAAGUGAUCUGCUUUCGACUGGAACCAUGGCUGUGACUGGUGGUCGACCCAUUGUGCCCCCCAAACUUCUCUCGCCUCUCCAUCUCCUCUCUGCCUUUUCCUUCUUUCUCAGCGUUGCCAUUCUCGUUGCUGCCGUUAUUUGGCAGGACGGUACCGCAAUCAUCGCCAUCACCCUCAUCUCUUCUGCCUCCAGCAUUGUCGGCUAUGCUUCCUCGUGGCGGCCGAUCCUCAUGCAACGCACGCACACUAACGAAGUACCUCGCGGUGAUGUCAUGAUACGUACCCGCGAGGGAGCUUUUGUUUUGGUUCGCUGUUCUGAAGACGUUACUCGCGAGCUAUACUCUGGAACCGAAGAGUGUGAGUACUACGUCGGCGAGAGAGCCUACAGGUUCUUUAUGGCGCUCGGCACAAUCCUUCUCAUGUUCAGUGUCGUGCUGCUCGGCAACUGCACCUGGAACUCGCAAAUCUUCAUAGGAGGGUCGUACAUUGUCCUCAACGGACUGUACUGGGGUCUUGGCAUGAUACCCCGGACCUACUUCUGGGAUCUCUCGCGCUAUAUCUGGGACGAUGCCACUGAAAAAGAUGGCCAGAACGCUGAUACCGUUACGGACCGGAAUGACGAGCGCGAGGGCCACCCGAGCUUCACACGGACCUUGUGGUAUGCUAUUCGCGAGACACAGGCCAUAGGUUGGGUCGAGCGCAGCGGCGCCGCGCCGGGCACACCGCAGUGGCAACAGUGGCUCAAUGAGGCACUGCACAAUGCAAAGAUUGGCAACCGCAGCUGGGAGGCAGUCAGGAGGAAGAAUGAGAUUAUGACUCAAGCGAGCAAAGAGGGAAGCGACCCUGCAACGCAAAGAGCGCCGGCGACCGAGGUUCAGGUUGCGGGAACGGGCACAGGAACAACGAGGGCGGCCUUUUAA